CCAUUCCCCCCUCCCCCAUUGUAUCCUUUGGCAGAACCCCCAUCACAGAGGAGGCAGAGGCCUUCGUGGCAGUGAGGCGGAAAGUUUGAAAGCUUGACCAAGUGACUUGUUUGUAUCCACAACCUGUCCUAACCCCAUGUUCUCCAAGAGGCCCGCGACGAUCCCUGUCAAGUCGGAUCCAUCGAUCCGCCGUAAUGCUUUCUCACCGGAUUUAUUGGUCUCUUUACCGGCUGGCGAAUCCGUCAAGACCGUAGGCGAUAUCUUUGCGUAUACCGCACAGAAGUAUGGUGACAAAGUGGCUUGCUCGUAUCGAGAUGUGGUGGAUAUCGUUCAAGAGCCCAAGAUGGUCCGGAAGCCCGAUGGCUCGGAGGAAGAAAAGAUGUGGAAGUACUUCACUCUAUCGCCCCCUAAGCCUGUCACGCAUCGCGAACUGGAUGCUCGAAUCUCAUCACUCGUUUCUGGUCUCCUCUCACUUGGCUUUACGACCACCUCGACACCGAUAGCGUCGAGACCCCGAGCGUCAAUAUACGCCGAUACGUGCUUGAAUUGGCAGCUGUUCGCUCAGUCCUGUGCUCGAUUAGGGAGCACCAUCACCACUGCCUACACUACGUUGGGCGAGGAGGGACUCUUGACGAGUCUCGUCGAGCCGGAUGUGGAAUUGGUAUUCUGUGGUGAAGAACAACUUGGACUCGUAGCCAAGGUGAUUGGACGGGCUGAAAGAGUCAAAUGGGUCGUGUAUGACGCUUCGAAGCGCUUAGAUAAGGGACUGAUCGAUACGAUUCGCUCAACUGUGGAGUCUCGGCAUGGACGGCUGGUGUCCAUUUCUGAGCUCGAACAGCUGGGCACUCAGAAUCCCGUGCAAAGGGAAGAUCUUGGACCCAAGCCUACACCCGAGGACCUCUUCUGCAUUAUGUACACCUCAGGUUCGACGGGUGCUCCAAAGGGCGUGCUAUUAUCGCAUGGAAACGUUGUCGCUUCUUUGGCUGGAUCAGUCGCGCUCUGGGGCAAAUACGCGUACCCCAAGACGGAUCUCCUGAUGGCCUAUCUUCCUCUGGCACACAUUCUCGAACAGUUCCUCGAAUAUACUUUCUAUCUGCUCGGGGUACAAGUUGGCUACGCGAGCGUCAAGACCCUACUCGAUGAUAGUGUACGCAAUUGUCAAGGGGACUUUGCAGCUUUCAAACCGACAAUGAUCGGAGGCGUCCCUGCUAUCUACGAGAUGAUCCGAAAAGGAAUGAUGAAGAAGAUCGCAGAAGCUGGACCUGUCGUCGGUGGGAUCUUUGGACUCGCAGUCAAAGGGAAACAGACACUGCCUUGGCCAUUAAGCUCUGUCAUCGACAAAGUGCUGUUCGCGAGAGUCAAGCAAGCGACUGGGGGAAGGUUGAGGGUCUCUGUCUGUGGAGGAGGUGCGCUCAGCAAGGACACACAGCUGUUCCUCAGUACAGUUCUUGCGCCGAUGAUGAUCGGCUAUGGUAUGACAGAGACUUGUGGUAUGGCUUCUAUCACUACGCCAGAACAUUGGUCGAUCGGAAGUGCCGGUGUACUUGGACCAUCAUGCGAGGCAAAGCUGAUCGACCAGCCUGACUUGGGAUAUUCCGUGUCCCAUCACCCGCCGCAAGGGGAAAUCUGGCUACGUGGGCCGAACAUCUUUAAAGGGUACUUCAAAAGAGACGAUUUGAACGCUGAGAGCUUUGAGGAUGGGUGGUUCAAGACAGGGGAUAUUGGCCAGUGGGACACCGACGGUACCUUGAGGAUCAUAGAUCGCGUGAAGAACUUGAUUAAGCUCCAGAAUGGCGAGUACCUGGCUCUGGACAGAGUAGAGUCGAUUUACAAGACGUGCAACGUUGUCAUGAUGCUAUGUAUUUGCGCGCCCCCACAGGCCGAUCGACCGAUAGCCAUUGUUUAUCCGCACGAAGGCAAUCUUCUCGUGCAGCUCAAGGCAGCCGGCAUCUCCGUAGAUGGAGGUCCGCCCCAGUGGACGAACAAUAAGCAAAUCAAGGAUUUUAUCAAGACAUCACUAAUGUCAUCUGCAAAGCAAGGCGGGCUGGUUAGAGCCGAAUUGAUCAAGGAUGUGGUUUUGACUCCUGAGGAAUGGACACCUGACAAUGGCAUGUUGACACCUGCUAUGAAACUUGCCAGACCACAGAUCGCUCAGAAAUACGCUAAAGAAAUUGAGGCUGCAUAUACCAAGUAGGCUUGUUCUUUUGAUGAGCAGUACGCGUGGAACCAAGAUAUGGGGCUUUUCGGAGGACACUCAAUACCUGCUUGUACGAUGUCUGUAUACUGCGAUCCAGGGCCCUCCUGAUCUGCAUCACUAUCUCCGCGGUCGCGGGGUUUGCAUACCUUGCUCUUCCUUUGGCA